AUGUCGAUCUCUUCUAUCUAUUUCCUGGACCUGAAGGGCAAGGUUGUCCUAAUAUCACGUAAUUAUCGCGGAGAAGUCCACAGCCAUGCUAUCGAUAAAUUUUUACCAUUGGUGUUAGAGAAUGAAGAUGAGGGAAACUUAUCUCCUAUUAUAGUGUCUAAUGGCGUUACUUUUAUGUACAUCAAACACAAUAACGUUUACAUGGUUGCAUCAACAAAAAAAAAUGCCAAUGUCGCUCUUGUUUUUGUAUUUCUUCAUAAAUUGCAGACGUUAUUACUGGAAUACUUUAAAGAAUUAGAAGAAGAGAGUAUUAGGGAUAACUUUAUCGUGGUUUACGAGCUACUGGACGAGCUAGUUGAUUUUGGAUACCCACAAGUUACAGAAGGCAAAGUUCUUAAAGAGUACAUCACACAGGAAACCCAUAAGCUUGAAAUAGCCCCUAAAUUGCCGAUGGCAGUUACUAAUGCGGUUUCAUGGAGAAAUGAAAACAUUAAAUAUCGCAAAAAUGAAGUAUUUCUAGAUGUUAUUGAAUCUGUCAAUAUUUUGGUAAAUUCUAACGGUAACGUUGUGCAAAGUGAAAUCGUCGGAUCAGUUAAAAUGAAAGUCCAUUUGACUGGUAUGCCAGAAUUGAGGCUUGGCUUGAAUGAUAAAGUUCUUUUCGAAAAUACAGGACGUACUAGAAGUAAAGCUGUUGACCUAGAAGAUGUUAAGUUUCAUCAGUGCGUGCGCUUAUCGCGAUUUGAAAACGAUCGUACAAUUUCAUUCAUACCUCCAGAUGGUGAAUUUGAGUUGAUGUCGUAUCGCUUAAGUACGCAGAUAAAACCAUUAGUUUGGAUUGAAGCGGUUAUUGAACGACAUUCUCACAGUAGAGUUGAAUAUAUGAUAAAGGCUAGAAGCCAGUUUAAGCGCCGCUCAACUGCAAAUAACGUCAUUAUUCGAGUACCUGUACCUCCAGAUGCCGAUUCGCCAAAGUUUAAGGCAAAUGUUGGAGCGGUCCGCUAUGCCCCGGAAAAAAACGAGAUUUUAUGGUCGAUUAAGUCCUUCCCGGGUGGUAAAGAGUUUCUUAUGCGUGCUCAUUUUGGAUUACCAAGUAUUGAAGGAGAAGAGGCAGAUAGAAGACCCCCAAUUCGCGUAGAAUUCGAAAUUCCUUAUUUUACUACGUCGGGAAUUCAGGUUCGCUACUUAAAAAUUGUCGAAAAAGGAGGCUAUCAGGCCCUUCCUUGGGUACGCUAUAUCACGAAAAACGGAGAUUAUCAAGUUCGAACAAGUUAG